AUGUACCGCCAGUUCCUCGUGCGACCGGAGGAUCGAACGUACCAACGCAUUUUAUGGAGAGACGAACAAGGCAUCGUGCAAACUUACGAGUUGAACGUCAUCACGUUCGGCCUCUCUUCGGCUACAUUUCUCGCGAUUCGAUGCGUGCACCAACUCGCGGACGAUGAAUGCAACGCGUACCCGGUAGCGGCGGCCAUCUUGAAACGAGAUUUGUACGUGGACGACCUCCUCACGGGCGCCAACACAAUGGAGGAGGCGAAACACGUACAAACGCAAAUCGGUGAACUGCUUCAACGGGGUGGAUUGAAUAUACGCCGAUGGGCGUCAAACGAGCCCGCUCUCCUCAAGAGACUCAGCGAAGAUCAAAUCCACCUGAAAAUCCUGGGCGACGACACGACAAUGAAGGCGUUGGGAGUUUCCUGGGACGCCAGGAACGACGCGAUUCGAUACUCGGUCGAAAUCCCAGUCAAUGACAAGGUCAGCAAACGAACCAUCUUGUCGACGAUUGCCAAGAUCUUCGACCCAUUAGGACUUCUUGGACCCGUUACCAUCAUCGCCAAGAUCCUAAUGCAGCGUCUGUGGCAAUUAAAAAUUGACUGGGACGAAUCGCUUCCCACCAGCCUUCACACGGAAUGGAUCACCUAUGCGGCGCAGCUUCAGGAGCUCAACAAUACCGAGUUCAGCCGUUGCGUAACUCGGAGGAACUAUCAACGCUUCGAGCUCCACGGAUUUUGCGACUCCAGUGAACGCGCGUACGGAGCUUGUCUCUACGCGCGCACUAUAGACGAGGCGGGACGGAUCGAAAACCACCUCCUCUGCGCGAAAUCCCGGGUUGCUCCUCUUAAAACAAUCACGCUCGCGCGUCUGGAACUGUGCGGUGCCGCGCUUUUGGCGUCCUUAUACGCGUCUAUUCGAAGGGCGAUUUCAGUCAAAAUCCACGACACAUUUCUGUGGACCGAUUCUACGAUAGUGUUAAACUGGAUCAACGCGCAGCCCUGUAUGUUAAAGACUUUUGUAGCCAACCGCAUGGCCGACAUACAGGGCAAAAUUGAGAAAAACGCGUGGCGCCACAUCAAGUCGGAAGACAAUCCGGCCGACUUGAUUUCACGAGGAAUCAUGCCCGCUCAGUUCGUUCGAAACGCGCUAUGGCGUCAUGGUCCGGACUGGAUCGCGACGGAUCAAGCGAAGUGGACAGUCUCAAGAUACACGGUAUCAAACGAGAUACCAGAAACGAGAAGAGUGACGUGUCUCGCGAACUCAACCGUUCGGAGUGACGAGAUUCUCACUCGAUACUCGUGUAUCAAGAAACUUACGCGAAUCGUCGCGUAUUGCCUACGUUUCCGUCAUCGCAUCGCUGGACCACUGACCAUCGAAGAAAUUCAAAAUGCCGAACAACGCAUCAUCAAGAUGGUCCAAUCUACGGCAUUCGAAAGGGACAUCAAAGAUCUCGGAUCCGGAAGACUACACGCGAAAAGUCAGCUCCGAUCACUCGCGCCGUUCCUCGAUAAAAAUGGAGUGUUACGCGUCGGCGGACGUCUGCAGAAAUCGGAAUUACCGUUCGCGCAAAAACAUCCCAUCUUGUUACCGAAAGGUAAUCACGUGACGGAUCUCAUCGUACGCGAGACUCACUUACGACACCACCACGCAGGUAUUACGGCGACACUUUACAACGUUCGACAAGUGUACUGGCCCAUUGAUGGGAAGAAUACAACGCGCAAGAUCAUCCGGCGCUGCGUCAGGUGCUUCCGGUUCAAUACACCUGCCGUGGAGUACAUAAUGGGGAAUCUACCUGCGACGCGUGUCACCGCAGCUCGGCCGUUCUAUAAUUGCGGUGUGGAUUGUUGUGGUCCCUUUUACGUGAAAGAGCGGCGCUUCCGAAAUCGAGCUCGAGUAAAGGUAUACGUCGCGGUCUUUACCUGCUUUGCGACCAAGGCCGUUCACCUCGAAGUAGCGGGUGACCUGACCACCGAGGGAUUCAUCGCGGCCCUUAAGCGAUUUAUUGCACGAAGGGGACUUUGCCGAAAUAUCUACUCUGACAACGCAACGAAUUUUGUCGGAGCAGAUAACGAACUCACAGCGUUAUACCGGUCAUUAUCGAAAGACGAGCAACUCAAGAGAUUCGUGACGGACAAGGCGAUCUCAUGGCACUUUAUCCCAGCAUUAUCGCCACACUUCGGUGGCCUAUGGGAAGCCGCUGUUAAGUCAUUCAAACAUCACGCCAAACGGGUAGUGGGCGACGAAUUGUUCACCCUCGAACAAUUUAACACUUUCACGAUCGAAGUCGAGGCGAUCCUCAAUUCGCGACCCCUCACACCUCUAUCCGCAGAUCCUAACGAUCCCUCAGCCCUUACUUCCGGCCACUUCCUGAUCGGUGAUUCCUUAACGAGCUUUGCUGAGAUUGAUUUCAGCAGAACAUCGACCAAUAGGUUGUCCACCUGGCAACACAUCCAGAAGGUCAAACAACAUUUCUGGGCCAGGUGGCACAAAGAGUACAUCAACCACUUAAACGAGCGUCGUAAGUGGACCACUGGCACUCACCACAUUCGAGAGGGGACCAUCGUGGUGCUGAAGGAAGACAACCUUCCACCUCUGAGCUGGCACCUCGGACGAGUGGAGGCCACGCAUCCUGGGGCGGAUGGGGUAAUACGAGCAGUCACCGUGCGGACCAGCCACGGGACCUACAGGCGGAACGUGAGAAAACUGGCACCCUUACCUGAUCCGGAGUCUCCUUAG